AGUAUGGAUGUAGCUAACUGCUAUCGCUGUGGUUAGCCCGUCAGUCUGACACACAGACAGUGAGACAGACAGUGAGACAGACAGGCAGUGAGACAGUGAGACACACAGUGAGACACACAGACAGACAGACCCGGACCUGCUGCUGCGGGGAACAGGUGGUUUCUCCUGACAGACUCUGGAACCGUCUUAGCUACUGGAAGGAAUCGAGCGUGAACAGCGAUCCGACAUGUCAGAGGAGUGAGGUCGACGUUACCUUCACCUCCCUCACAUCCCUACUCUCAGCUCAGGCAGCAGAACCCACUGUGCUAACCACAGGCAUGAUGGGCGUCCCUGCCCUGUGUGUCGUGCUGCUAACUUUCAUCUGUCACAGCCGCGGCCUGGAAAUACAAAACCCCUGGUACUGGUCCAAAAGGUCUCAGGAAAGCAUCUCGUUGGAUCCCAGCGACUGUGCGUCCAGGACCAAGCAGCAGCCGGCGAUAACUAACCCUCACAACUUCUCUGUGGACAUCCGGAUGCCUGGUGUGAUCCCGACCGCGCCGGACACUUACCUGUGCAUGGCGUUUCCUGUGCCAACUAGUCGGGAUGCAUAUAUUGUGGACUUCAUACCUCAUGCCAGUAUGGACACAGUCCAUCACAUGCUGCUGUUUGGCUGUCAGACUCCCGUCUCCAGCAGCAGCUACUGGGACUGUGGCAGCGUACAGGGCACGUGUGAGGAUGAAGCCUCCAUUAUGUACGCCUGGGCUCGGAACGCACCUCCUACCAAAUUACCCAAAGAUGUUGGUUUUAAAGUUGGAAGGAAUUCAGGAAUGUCUUACUUUGUGCUGCAGAUCCAUUACGGAGAUGUCGCUGCUUUCAGGGACCAUCAUAGAGACUGCUCAGGCCUCUCUUUGAGAAUGACAUCCAAGCCGCAGCCGUUCAUCGCAGGGAUAUACCUGCUCAUGUCCGUGGACACCGUCAUCCUGCCUGGAAAAAAAGUUACAAAUGCAGACGUGGCCUGUGAUUACUCUUCAUAUCCCAUCUACCCAUUUGCCUUCAGGACCCACACACAUCACCUGGGUAAAGUGGUCAGCGGCUACAGGAUCCGAAACGGGAGGUGGAGCCUGAUUGGACGACAGUCCCCACAGUUACCACAGGCUUUUUAUCGUGCCAACCCGGAGGUGGACGUGAAGUACGGUGACACCGUCGCUGCCAGAUGUGUUUUUACUGGUGAGGGCAGAACCUCCAAAACGUACAUCGGAGGCACCUCUGAUGAUGAGAUGUGCAACUUCUAUAUAAUGUUCUACAUGGAAAGCAAACAUGCAAUCCCCUACAUGAGCUGCAUGGAGACGGGCUCCAAAGAGCUGUUUCAACACAUUCCAGCUGAGGCCAAUGUUCCCAUCGCUGUCGAUCCUGAUCACUCAAUGAUGCAUAUGGGGAAAUCACCAGAUGAUCAAGAUGACAGGUCUGUGUUGGAUGCAAACCAAGCAGGGCAGACUGUGGAUCAGGGUGACCUCUAUUCUCUUAUGUCCAAGCUGCUAGGCCAGAGUAACGACAUAGUUCACGUUCAUAAGUUCAACCCCAACGAGAUGCAGAGAGCCCAGGCGGAGCUGGUGGCUCAGAUUGAUAGCUUAAUGCAAACCAAAGGUCUGGGCUCUCCCAGUGCCACACUAGCCUUCCACACCAGGGAGGACCCUGUUUUGGUGAGGGACAGAGUCCACAGGUUCCACCAGCUUGAGGCCACGGCCAAGUCCCCAGGAAGCAAGCUGGUAGCUGAAGGACAAGAUCAUCUGGAGCUUGUGUCGGCGUGGCCACAGAGUUCUCUGCAGCUCGGUCAGGUGUCAGGACUCGCCCUCGACUCAGAUUCUAACGUGGUCAUCUUCCACAGAGGGGACCACCGCUGGGGGCCGGACUCCUUCAGCAGCCAGGCGAGAUACCAGCAGAGGUCCCUGGGUCCGAUCCAGCAGUCCACUAUUUUGGUUGUGGAUCCAGGCAAAGGCAACAUCCUGAAGGCUUCAGGCAGAAACAUGUUUUAUAUGCCUCAUGGAAUAACGACAGACAAAGAAAAUAAUUACUGGGUCACUGACGUGGCUCUUCAUCAGGUGUUAAAGGUGAGCGGUGAUGGCGGAGACAGAACGUUGCUGACGAUAGGAGAAGCGUUCACACCAGGAAGUGACAGCAGCCACUUCUGUCAGCCCACUGACGUCGCUGUGGACACUGACACAGGAAACAUCUUCGUGUCUGACGGCUACUGUAACGCCAGGAUACUGAAGUUCUCCGCUGACGGCAAAUACCUGUCUGAGUGGGGCGCAGGUUCGUCCGACAGGAGGAGGCGCGUGGCGUUCCGGGUUCCUCACAGUCUGGUGUUCCUCCCUGACAGACGGGAGGUUUGUGUUGCUGACAGAGAGAACGGACGUAUUCAGUGCUUCAUCGCUGAAACAGGAGAGUUUGUUAAAGAAAUCAAGAAAGAGGAGUUUGGGGGGGAAGUGUUUGCCAUCAACUACAGUCCUGCAGGAGAUGGCUUGAUCUUUGCAGUAAAUGGAAAAUCUCCGUAUCACUCGGCUCCACUCAGAGGUUUUGUCAUAAAUUAUUCAACCAAGGAUAUUUUGGACACGUUCAGCCCUAAGACAGAGGAGUUUAUGAUGCCUCAUGACAUCGUUGAAACCAGGGACGGAAGCGUGUUUGUUGGAGACGCAGGCACCAAUUCAGUCUUCAAGUUCACCAGCGAGAAGUUCCACCGCUCUGUGAAGAAAGCUGGCAUCGAGGUUCAGGAGCUUGAAGAAAUGGAGACGUUUGUUCAGACUAAGCUGAGACCUGAACACAACACGUUGAAGACGGCGGUCGUCAAGGAGAAACAAACCGUCGCUCAGCAGCCUCAAGCACAGAAAGAGACAGAGGAGGAGGAGGAGAAGAUGAAGAGUGUGGUGAAAACAAAGAGAGGAGAGGGGGUUCUCCCCGCCGUCAUCACCACGCUGCUGCUCGUCCCGCUGGUGCUCGUCAUAUCCAUCGGUGUCUUCAUCUGCUGGAGGAGAAACCAUCACGGUGAGGUGAAGGGUGAACCCAGCUCUGUGGGAGGGAUCCUGGGAAAAAUACGAGGUAAAGCAGUCGGCGGUCUGAAUCUGGGGAACUUCUUUGCGUCCCAUAAAGGUUACAGUCGUCAGGGCUUCGACCAGCUGAGCACCGAGGGCAGCGACCAGGAGCGGAACGAAGAGGACAGCAGCGACUCCGAGAACGAGGAGUACUCCGCCCUGCCGCCGCCCCCGGCCUCGUCCUAGACGCUCCGCUGCCGGACGACAACCUUCUGCUUACAUUGCCAAGAUGUACGUUAUUCAUCAAGUGUAACUGUUGUGUUAGCUGCCAAUCUUAUUGUUUAUAUAUUUAAAUCUAUAUACUGUAAAUACAGAUACUUUGACAUGAUUUAGAUUAUUUAAUGUAAUUUAUCUGUGAUCUCCAUGAUGUUCUCACACGUCAAACCUUUUUCUUUUCCCCAAAUCAAACGUGCAGAAGUUGAAAUGAUGAGAACAAUCCACACGUUCAGAUUCAGCCUUAAAACUACCCAUGGAAUCAUUUUGCCUUUUUAUUCAGUUAAACUUGUUUCUGGGACUUUUCCGGGAAAAAAAUUAUCAAGAACUUGGAGAAAAUCCAGUGAAAGAGAAGUUUAGUUUUUUGGAAACGGGUACAAACUAAUCUGAGCCCAUCGCUGGCGCCUGUUAGGGAACCACAGGGUCUCUGUUUCCAUGGUGACACUGACCAGCACAAGCAGCGUUUACCUGUAACUCAGGUACUUCAGGAUUUGAGUUGUUGAGUUGAAAACAGACGUCUGGAUCUGACACAUGUUGAUGUGGUUAAAUCAACACCAUGUACAUGUUACUGAGCAACAGCGCCCCCUGCAGCCACAUGUUGGGCUCUGUGUCUGAUGAAGUGUUUUCAUGUAGAAGCUCUCACUGAAACAUGAUCCUCUGCUUCCUGAACCUGAAGAGCUGCUGCUGGAACAAAGCCACCAAACUCUGGUUGUUAAUAACUUCUGAGUCUGCAGGGGGCGCUCACAGUCUGAGGCCGAGCUGCUUUGUGUUGGUCACUGUUGAUUCCUCAGUGUUUGAGUCAGAACGGAUUUAAACAGGAUCAGAUCCAGAAAUGAGAGGAGACACAGGAACAGAACCUCCACACGUCUCUUCCGUGUAGUGACGCUACACUCAGCCUCAUUUCAGACGCUUACUUUGGGCCGUGCUUUUCAUCCGUAACAUUUCAUUUGUCAUUUUUGUGCCUUUUCACAUCCAUAUUUUGCCUUUUUUCAGCACCUGCCAUUACAAACGUGUCGUGGGCUUAAAAACAGCUGCUGCUAGUCGAGCUUUUCUCUUCCAUCAAGUCAACUGUGUGUGUGUGUGUGUGUGUGUGUGUGUGUGUGUGUGUGUGUGUGUGUGUGUGUGUGUGUGUGUGUGUGUGUGUGUGUGUGUGUGUGUGUGUGUGUGUGUGUGUGUGUGUGAGACCAAUCAAACAUUGUUCAAGUCUCAAGCUCUGUAUCUGUUCGUUCAGGAAGCUUCACACGACAUAAACACAAGAACGAACAAAUGUUCAUCGUUCAUGUUUUUAGUUUCGAUAAAUCACAAGUUCCAGUUUUUAACUACAAUCUGUUAUAUUUCUGAGAGAAUCCAACCUCAUUCUGACGACUUUGUACAAUGCUUGAGAUUCAGCUUGAAUUUAUUAAUGAGUCACUGUUUAUAAAUGAUUAAUUUGUGAGUAGAAUGAAAAGAAAACCUGGAACAUGGAGGGAGAGAUGUUCAGUCCCCUGCAGGUCGUCAGAGAAAGUGCACGAGUCACAACGUAACGAUUGUAAAAUGCAAAUAUUUAGUUUAUCAGAUGAUUCACUUCUUCGUCUUCGUCUUCCUCCGUCUUCUCAGGUUUCUUUUCUUCCGCUCUGUCGCUCGGUUCAUCUCUUCACUUUGAGUGAAUGCUUUUCAGCAGCAUGCCAUAGAAACGCAUUUCUGAUGUCGCAGUCAAACGUGGGCUAUAUGAUAUUUAUUAUUGUAACACACUGGUUUUGCUGCAAGAUACUAUUUUCAGUAACUAUGUUAUUUGUGUAAUAAAGUGUCUGCAAAG